AUGGGUUUCUCUCAUAAAUGGUGGUGUGUGUCUCUUCUUCUCUUGAGUUAUGUCUUCCAGUUGGGUGUGCUUAGUUUUGGAAAUGACCAGGUUGAGAAAUCUAGAUGGGGCGAUGACGAUUGUGGCCGCUUUGGUGGUCAGAGAGGCUGCGGAGGUGGCCGAUUUGGUGGCGGUAGGGGUGGUGGAGGAGGGUUUGGUGGAGGGGGAGGAGCUGGUGGGGGUACUGGGGGAGGACCUGGAGGGGGUGUAGGAGGAGGAGGAGGAGGAGGGUUUGGUGGAGGUGGAGGGGUUGGUGGUGGUAGGGGUGGUGGAGGAGGGUUUGGUGGAGGUGGAGGAGCUGGUGGGGGUGCUGGGGGAGGGCCUGGAGGGGGUGUAGGAGGAGGAGGAGGGUUUGGUGGAGGUGGAGGGGUUGGGGGUGGUUCGGGUCAAGGUGGAGGAUUUGGAGCUGGGGGUGGCAUCGGUGGGGGAGCUGGAGGAGGAGGAGGGUUUGGUGGAGGUGGAGGGGUUGGGGUUGGGGGCGGUUCGGGUCAUGGUGGAGGAUUUGGAGCUGGGGGAGGUGUAGGUGGUGGUGCAGGAGGGGGUGGUGGCUUUGGUGGUGGUGGGGGAGGUGGUGUUGGAGGCGGUUCAGGUCAUGGUGGUGGGUUUGGAGCUGGGGGAGGUUUAGGUGGUGGUGCAGGAGGAGGCCUUGGAGGUGGGGGAGGUGGAGGCGGCGGCGGUGGUGGGGCUGGUGCUGGGGGUGGUUCUGGUCAAGGGGGAGGUUUUGGAGCUGGAGGUGGUGUUGGAGGGGGCGGAGGUGUAGGUGGAGGUGGAGGAGGCGGUGGUGGCGUUGGGGGAGGCCAAGGUGGUGGGUUUGGUGCUGGAGGUGGUCUAGGAAGUGGAGGUGUUGGAGGUGGAGGAGGAGGUGGUGGUGGUGGUGGGGGCGUAGGUGGUGGGUCUGGUAAUGGUGGCGGGUUUGGUGCAGGUGGAGGCGCUGGCGGUGGUCUGGGUGGUGGAGCUGGUGGUGGUCUAGGAGGUGGCCGUGGAGUUGUGGGUGGCGGAGGAGUUGGAAUUGGCAUUGGCAUUGGUAUUGGCGUAGGAGUAGGUGGUGGCUCUGGCCAAGGAUCCGGCAGUGGAGGAGGUGGACGGUAG